CUAUGGGUUGCCAGUCGGAGCCAUCUGUUGUCACGAAGGGAAAUUGUGUUUUCCUGCGCUUGACUCCAGAGUCUGCAGUUCGGAAUCCUCCUUCCAGCGUCAGAAAUCCUUUUUUCCUGUACUGGCUGCCUGUGCCUUCAUAUAGCCUCUGCAAGUCCACAAUCUUCAGUCGUGACCAAAAGUCUCAUCGACGGAAGGUAUCCAUGUUCAUCAACUAUGCAGGUAGACUGACAGCAGAUGAUUUUGAAGUCUACCCGAGUCGCAAGAAAAGACUUUUCCCUCGAAAUGCUGAUCUGAGAACUGCUGAUGCUUGAGGUUAAAAAGCUUCACUAUCAGAAGGGUUGUUUGCGAGCGUGCCUCUGCGUCUGUCACAUUUGUAACAGAAGGGCCAUUUGAGGCUAGGAACGCAUCUUCACCAUCGCACGUGGUACCGAUACAGUAAUAUCUACAUCAGCGGGAGCGUCUUUCUUCUCUUGGAAAUCAGCACAACUCUUCAGAAACCUUUGGGUUUAAAUG